AUGUCUGACCAUGAGCCCGGCUCCCAGGACGCUGGGCCCAAGAUGGAGGACGCCAACGCGCCCAUCAACAUCAAGGUAGCGACGCAGACGGGCGAAGAGGUCUUCUUCAAGAUCAAGAGAAAUACGAAGCUGAGCAAGCUCCAGGCUGCAUACGCGAGCAAAGUCGGCAAGGACGUGAGCAGCAUUCGGUUUUUGUACGACGGGAACAGGAUAAGCGACGACGACACGCCGUCGUCGCUCGAGAUGGAGGACAACGACACCAUCGACGUUAUGGUCGAGCAGGUCGGCGGCUCUUCGCCAUCGGGCCCGUGA